CGAAAGCCAAUUUGUAUUUGUGUUGUUUAUUAAUCAAAACAAGACGAAAGACAAAAUGCAUUUUUCGACGUGGCAAACAAAUUCCCUUUGCGCAAUUAUUUUAAUAAUAUUUUUAAAAAUUGUUGCAACACAAAUUGUAUCACAGGAAGUGCCUAAACCAUGGUAUGAAAAUCUACCGGCUGUAGCAAUGGACUACAAGGUCCACAUAGAUGCCGGAAAAGAAGAUUGCUACCAUCAGUACGUGCAACCGGGAGCAACGUUUUAUGUGUCCUUUAGUGUUGUUCGUGGUGGUGAUGGCAUGGCUGGUUUCGCCGUUCGUAAUCCCGCCGGCCAAAUAGUAAAGCCCUACCAAUGGCAGGCUACUGCUGACUACACUGAUCAAGUGUCGCCUGGCGGUUAUUACUCUGUGUGCAUUGACAACCAAUUUUCACGUUUUGCUGGCAAACUCGUGAAUAUCUACAUUACGGUGGUCAAGUAUGAUGCCUGGGAUAAAUACGCCAAAGAAAUUGAAGAAUUGCAGCUCAAUAUGGAGAAUUUCACAACCACCAUUGGAACUGUGGAACGUAACAUCAAUGACAUGUUGGCCUAUCAAUAUCACAGUAGAAAUCGCGAAGCCCGUGAUUAUGCCCUAGUUAUUGAUAACAAUUCCUACAUACAAUCGUUUUCCAUUUGUCAAAUUAUAGUCAUUAUGAUUACUUGUUCUGUCCAAGUGUUCUUUGUUCGUAAAUUGUUUAGUGUGAAAGAAGGUUCCCGCAGUCGCAUUUAGUAAUGAAAUGAGGAAAUCAUUAAAACAAAAGCCCUACCUUACAAAAUAAAUGAAAGAAAAGACUUUGCCAUCAUGAACAUUAGUAAAAAUUGUAUCAUUCAUUACUUGUUUUUAACUGCACUUUUCUACGUCCAAGGACCUUAACUAUACCUUUUGAUCUUCAUUGGAAUUCGGCCUGUUAUCUUAACAAAAUUAUUUAAUAAUUUGAUUUGUAAUAAGUGAUUUUUCCAUUUUAUGAAUUUGUGUAUUUAAGAUCAAAUUUCUAUGCAUUUGCAAUUUGUAUUUACAUAAUUUUAUAUUGCUAUAUUUUAUAUUUUAAUCAGUAUGUUGCCAGUGUGCUCAUGUUACAUCUUUUGAUUUUGUGUACUCGUUGGUAUGUUUGUAUGCACUCCAUAUUCAUUGUUCCAUUAUUUUUAAAUAUUGAGAUCUACUUUAUAACUUUAUGCGUUUAAAUAUUUUAUUUUGUAAAACAUAAAUGAAGUGUAUUUUUAUAGAAACAAAAAAUAAAAAUUAACCUACUUUAAGAGGAA